UAUUUGUUCAUUGCAGUAAAUUGUACCUGGAAUUGUAGCAAGAUCAGGGCGAGAGGGGCACCAUCUCCAUGUCCUGUUUGUUUCAUAAAAUCUUCCUGUUUUCUGCCAUUGAUAGUGCAUGGCGGCUUAUCCUAAAUCUGUCCUGAAGUGAGGUGGAAAAUUUGACCAAAAAUCCAGCAUCAGUGAGACAAACAAGGUGUCUAGGAGAUCAGGAGUCCACCAUGAAUGGGCAGCUGGACUUAAGUGGGAAGCUGAUCAUCAAAGCUCAGCUUGGGGAAGAUAUUAGGAGAAUUCCUAUUCAUAAUGAGGACAUCACCUAUGAUGAAUUAGUGCUAAUGAUGCAAAGAGUUUUUAGAGGAAAACUUCUGAGCAAUGAUGAAGUCACAAUAAAAUAUAAAGAUGAAGAUGGAGAUCUUAUAACAAUUUUUGAUAGCUCAGAUCUUUCCUUUGCAAUUCAAUGCAGUAGGAUACUUAAGCUGACGUUGUUUGUUAAUGGACAACCAAGACCCCUAGAAUCUAAUCAAGUGAAAUAUCUGCGUCGAGAGCUGAUAGAACUUCGCAAUAAAGUCAAUCGUUUACUGGACUGUUUAGAACCGCCAGCAGAACCAGGGCUUUCCGCUAAUCUGCCUGAAAGCGAUGCAGUAGAUGGUAGGGAAGAAAAGCCUGCUGCUGCUGACUCUACCGUUAAGCCAUCUACUCAGGUUAUAGCAGCAAGCAUGUCUGCAUUUGAUCCGCUAAAAAAUCAGGAUGAAAUCAGCAAGAAUGUCAUGUCAGCAUUUGGCUUGACAGAUGAUCAAGUGUCAGGACCACCCAGUGCCCCUGCAGAAGAGCGAUCGGGAACACCAGAUAGCAUCGCUUCCUCUUCCUCUGCAGCCCAUCCGCCCGGCGUUCAGCCGCAACAGCCACCGUAUGCUGGAACACAGCCACAGACUGGUCAGGUGGAAGGCCAGAUGUAUCAACAGUACCAACAGCCUGGUUAUCCUGCUCAGCAGCCACAGGCUCAGCCUCAGCAACAGUACGGUAUGCAGUACCCAGGUAAGCAGUUGGCAGCUUGCUGUAAUCAUGGUUUAGCUGUAGACUGACUCCUUGAAUGCCCAGUCCCUUUAGUUUUUGUUCCUGAGCAGGUGGGCAGCUGAAUGUAUGUGAUUUUGAUGGAAACUGAGGCAAUUCAAAAAUUACCACUUAAAGACGCUGUAUUUGAGUACAGAGCUGGAGUUCUGAUAUCGCAAUUCAACUUGACUAUGCACACAGCCUUCCUCACUAAUCAGCAGAAUGCAAUAAAGGUAGGCAAAACAGAUCAGUUGCAGUAUGAUAAAUCUUCAGGAUUAACCUCUGGGGUCUCAGGACUCUAGCAAAUGAUUUAAUCAUCCCAAUUUAACUUUCUCAAAUAUUGGAUACAUAAAGAGGGCUGCUGUUUCUUGUAUCUGCAGUAAUAGCCACACACAAAAUCUAAUGUUGUGAACACUGACUAGAGCUGUCAUUUAAUAAAUCCUUAGUAUUUGUAAAUACAUAACUGCAGAGAAACUUUCAAAUGCUAGUUUUUCUAAGAAGUUGUAGAUAUUACUGAUACUUCAAGUAAAGGUGCUACCAGACUUUUAACAGAAGAAGCGUGCUGAAUUCUGAUUUAUGUGCAGUCAAAUAUGAUGAGUUAGCUUUUGCCUGUACUCAAAAUAAGGAACAGAAAGCUUUGAAGUAAAGUUUACUUUAGAAGAAGCUGGUAUCUAAUACUGGAUAGUAUAUGCUAGGUUUGAUAAUCCAGCUCACUAUAGGGGUGAACAUAACACAUUCCAUAAUAAAUCUCUCAUUGCUUAAUAUGUUUUUUUUAAAUAAAAUGGUACAAAGCAUUUUUAAUUUCUUGGUUUAAGUAAGAUUGUUCAAAACGACAAAAAAAACCUCCUUAUUACUAAAUGACUCAGAACAUAGCCUGUAUGGAUCCCCCACCACAUUUACUAUAAAAGUACAUUGAUUUUGGUGUAGAUGAUAAUGCUUGCAGAAUUUAUGAACAAAUUAAUGUAUUUAUCUUGGAUAAGAACCCUAGAAAACUUGGAAGUGAAGGCUUGUGCCCCAGCCUUCAUUUGUCUGCUCUGUGGAGAGCCUGUUCUUGAUUUAGGUCCUUAAAGCAUUUCUAGAGUAUUUUGUUCUCUGCAUGUUUCUCACUCCCAUGUUUGUAGGUUGAAGACAGUGACAGACUUUUUGAAGUGUUUUUUUUUCUGCAGAAAUAACAGGACUGUUGGAAGUAGGAGAGUCUGUCUGACUUUCUUUUGAGUUAAAAACUGAGUGGAAAAAAGUGGGAAUUUUCCAUCUGCUUUCUAGUCAUAUUCUUUGUGUGAAAUUUGUUGUGAGUUCUGCUUUUUAAUAAUCAACGACAUCUUAAAGCAAGAAUGAAACAUCACCAAGUCUUGUUUGUGAGCCUCUGUUUCUCCUGAUUAGCCUAAUUAUCAAUCAGAAAUAGUCGUCUUUUUGAGGACUUUUUGACAAUAUCCAUUGAAAAACCUUGAGUCACAGGGUCCUUUUUUUUUUUUUUUUGUCCCUGUAUUUACCUCCUUUCAAACCCGUGUCCCCCAAGAGCAGGAUCAAUUCCCCUUCUGUCUGGCAGAUCCAUUAGACAAGAAUGUGUUUAUUUACUCAUGGUAGUGAAAAUGGACCCUUCAAAAGUUGGUCUCACAAGUAAAUUUUGAUUCCCAGUUUCCAGGUGAGUUCAAGAUUUACUCCAGUGCAUUCUUCAAUCCUUACUCUUUUUGUUCAGGGCUGUGCAUUUUUAAUAAUUUUUGUGUGUCUGGUGUUUAAUGCUGACAGGAUUCCAGUCAAUGGAGAGGUUUCAUUGCAAGUAGCUGCAGGUGUGUUUCAUGAUGGAUAAAAGUAGCUAUUUCUUCAUAAAAGGCCUUUUUGUUAUUUUAAGAUAAAUUCCUUUUGAAAGCUGGUUUUAUACAGACAAAUCAAGUUUGGGACAUGUUUAAAUGGAAGUGUUACGCUAAAGUAGUCUGUUCUGCGCAACUUCUUUUCAUACUGAACUUUACCUUUAAGGAACUCAGAACUUCUAUGAUCUAAUGAAAAAAAAUUGAUUUAUGAAUAUUAAGCAAUGACAGUGUUUUCACAACAGUUUGUUUUUAAUUUUGAAUUUUUAUUUCAAAAG